ACCCCUAAAUAUCUUGGUAGGUCAGAUUAAGACAUCAUUAUUCUCAGCAACCUCCAUCCAAGGACUGAUCAAGACUAGUCCAUGCCCUGAAGACUACUCACCUUACUAGAGCUUGUUCACCUGUACCAUAUAUCCAUGGUUAAGGUCAUCCGCCUACCUCUAACAUUCUCAAUUUAGAUAUAGAAAUCACACACCUUAAAAGAUCAAGGCUAUAACUUCCUUAAUUGAGGUAGUCCUCAAUUCAUAACAAUUUCUAUCCAAGGGUCUAGCCCUUCACAACCAAAAGCUUGAAUGAUACAUCUAGGGACUCACCCUUGCAUAUGAAGGACUCGCCUUCACAGAUUUGCUCUAUCAGGAUUGUGAAGAUUUGCUCAAGACACUUAACCUAGAAGAAUCACCCAAGGCAUUCGCUCGAGAGGAGGUGGCAACUUUAAUGACAGGAAUUCAUGUGUAUGACAUUCAGCUGGUUCAUGUGUUAGUGUUAAUUUGUAACAAUAAUUUCAAUGCUUUUUUAAUAUAUUUUUAGAUGUAGUUUUCCAUGUAGCCUUCUAAACCCUAUAAAAAGUAUGAAUAGGCAUAUUUUAGAUGUUCUGGUGUUGUUAUCUCACUUAGGAUAUGAUGGGAGUAAUUGAAUUAGCAUUCGGAAGCUUAUCAACUAACUCUCCAUAAUUGAGUUUUUUUAACUAACUCAUCGGACACCAUUUAGUAGGGUCAAUUAUCAUCAAUAAACAAAUUUUGAUCUAACAUUCUCAAAGUUUUAUUGAGCAUUGAUUGGUGCUAGUGACUAAAAGGCUUGAAUGCCAUGAAGAGUAACAUAAUCUCAGGUCAUCAAUGAACAUGGAGAACCCAACCUACAUCACUCAUCAUAGAGCCUUUCACUUACUCUCCAAACUUCUAGAUUUAUUCAAAUAUAUGGCAUUUGAAACCAAAUGGCCACUUUAAUUUAUUCAAGAUCCAACUUUAUUUUUGUUAUUUUCCUUCGAUUAUAGAUUUAGAUUACUACAUUCCGCUUGAGUUCAAUAACCAUUAUGAUCCUCAACCUCUCCUAAUCAUCACAUCCAACACUAUCUUCUUUCCACACUGGCCCAUUGAUGACCAAACUCCAUCAACAAGAAAAAACAGGACUUCCAUGCGUUCACACAAGCUUCCAACUCCAUGGAACUCAUCCCCCUCCCCCUCCUCCUCUUCCUCAUCUCUCUCACCGCAUCAUCUCCCACCCCAGACCGUCGCCGCCUAAUCGAUAACAUAAUCCACUCCGCCGCUCUCCAUUCAUACCCCAAACGACACAAAACCGCCGUCCCCUACACCGUCUCCCUGCCACUCGCCCUCUCCGCGGCUACCGCCCACGCAAUGCGCUUCCGCGCAGGCCGCCUCCGCCGCCAAGGAGCCGACUUUAAAGAAUUUCACCUUUCCCCGGGCAUCGUCGCCCAUCCCCACACCAAGCGUCUCCUCAUCGUUCAUCAAAACCUCGGCAAUCUCUCCGGUUCCCUCUACUCCCUCCCGGGCUACCAGCUCAUCUCCCCUGUUCUCGGCCUUCUCAUCUACGACGCCGUUGGAUCGAACUCGACCGAACUCGAUGUGAAGGUCUCCAAAGCGCCCAUUGAAGUAGACUUCUCGAGGAUCGCCGGAGUGCCGGAGAUAAAGGAAGAGCUUUUAUGCGCGGUAUUUGGGUUGGGUAGGCAGGUCGAGGUUUUGGGCAGAGGGAGAGUGUGCUUGGUGAAGGGGCAGGGGCAUUUUGGGCUGGUGGUGGAGAGAGGAAUGGAGAAGGUCGUGAAAAGGUGGAAGUUGGUGGUGGCAGCGGCGACGGCGGGGGCGAUGGGGGCGGUGUUGAUUGGGCUGUUGGUGGUCGCGGUGGUGAAGGGUAAGAAGAAGGAGCGAAGAAUGGCGGAGAUGGAGAGGCUGGCGUAUGAGAAUGAGGCGCUGAGGGUUUCGAUGGUGGGGCAUUUGAGGGCGUAUACGGCAGCGGCGGUGAGGACCGCGCCGGCGAUGGAGCGUGAGGAUGACUUGCCGAUGUGAGAGAGAGGGGUUUGGUUUGCACUGCCUUGCUUGAAGAAUAGGAUAUAAAUUACUAUUAUUUUUGGAUUCAUUAAGGAUUUUAUUUUAUUUUAAGUAAAUGUGAGAGACUUGCAUUGAGCUUCUAUUCUUCAAUAAAAUGAUGAAUUUUGUUUCUAUUGUGGAGAACUAAAAUAUGAGAGUGAGAUGCAUGGAAGAUUAAUAGGGUAAUGUGAUAGAAAGGAAAGUUUCAAAUAAUGAGAGUUAUAUGAUCUAAAAUAUGAUUUAGGGUUCCUCUCAAAGUUUUUUUAUCUAAGGAUUCUAAGAAGAGGAAGAUGAUAUGGAUUGUAUUUUCCAUUUGAUCAAACAUGAAGUUCAUCUUCAAUGAAGAGUAACUUCCCACUUUUGUCAUCUUGCUUGAAUCUUUGCUCAUCAAAUUUUACAUAUGAGUUAUGCUUCUAAAAACUCAUAGAUGAGAGAUGUUAGACUUUCUUCCAUUCAUAAUUGUUCUGAUGUAUUUCUGAACAUAUUUCAUAUCAAUGAGUUAUUUGAUUGAUAUAUUACAUAUGUCAUAGCUCAGACCAAAAUUUGCUCUUUUUUUUUUUUUUUUGCUAUUGAGCAUACUUCAUGUCUUGCUUGAGUGUAUGAUUUUUUUUUUAACUCUUAUCGCCAAUUAGAUUUCAUGAUUUGACUCAAAGAAUGCUUUCUUUCUCCACAAUGGCCUUGAAAUUCUUGAAUGUUACAAAAUUUUUUAUUUAUAAUUAGAAAAAUAUGCCCAUAUUUUUCAUGGAAAAUUGUUUAUGAGGAGAAUGGCGUUUUUUUUUUUUUAGAAUAGAAAUAUAUCUCAUAUUUUUAUAUUAAGAUGAUAGAGGAUAAAUAUAAAUAUAUAAGGUGCAUGCAAAGCCAAUUAUAAAUAGAAGGUGGGCAAUAAGCUUAAUAUAAAUAUUUUAUUUAUGUGAAGGUGUAUAAAUUUAUCAUAGUAAUUGGUAUCUAAUUACUUUAAGUUAGAAGCUAUAGAGUAUAUUACUAUGGCCAAAACCCUUUUAAUUAGAAAUAAAGGUAGUUAAUUCUAUUAAAUGAAUUGGGUUUAAUUAGUCCACACAAAUAUGUAUAUGUAAGCUUAAGUGGCUUCUAAGCUCUUGAAAUUAGCUCUUUUGGAAAAUACUUUUUGAAUUGAUUCCAAAAUCAACAUCCUUCAAAAAGUAAAUCUAAGUGAUUGAUGAAAGAUAAAUCUUCUACUAUCCUCCUUUUUGAUAACAACUAUAUUUCUCUAAAAUUGAGAAGCUUUAAAUGGAGAUAUCAAAGUAAAGAAGCAUCAUAUACCAUGUCUAAAGGCAUUCUACAAGAUAAUUUGAAUAUUAAAUGAAAACAUUCUAUUACUUGAUAUUUUCAACUUGUUAGUUUAAUUUGUUAUCAUCUCUAGUAAAAUAAAUUUUAAUUUAUAAUUUAAAUAAUAUACCCCUUCUUAAUUUAAGAGCCAACAAAUGCUCAAAAUAUUACUUUCUAUAGUAUGCACUUCAUAAACAUUUUAAAGUAAAUUAAUGACUUUAAUGUUUUGUAUGAAUAUGGAUGAUAUAUGUUAUUUUUACCAGUAUUUUGAAAUCAACUCCAUAAGAGACAUUAAUACUUACAAACUUGUUGAGCUUUGGAAUAUGCUUCUUUAUCGAUGUAUAAGUUGUUUGCACCAAUCUCAAUGUACCAUAUAAUUCCUUAACCUUCAUUAUUAUUAUUGUAAGCUAAUGCAUAUUUCUUUUUUCAUUUUCUUUUUCUAAUAUAUAAUUGACUUUUUCAUGGACUUUUCUUAUUAGGUUCUCUACAUUAUUUAAAAUGUCUUAAAAGCUUGUUACAGUUAAAAAUUUUAAUUUGAGAUUUAAACUUGUCUUGAAUUUAAAAUCUUCUACCACAACUUCAUUUGGAUCUUUCUCCUUUCCCAUUGUUGU